AGACAGCGAACGGCAACGCGCAGAGGAUGUCACCGCCCGCGCCAAUUAUACAACACUCACGGAAUACAUCACCAACUGCCACCGAUAUCUCGACCUCAAGAUAGAAGUCGAGUCCAACAAGUCCCUCACUUCGAAGGGAACCAUCACAAAUCCCCAGGAUAAGUUGGUCCCGUCGUCUCUCAAGCCGUGGAGCGACUUUCUCGAGCAGCAGAAAUCGAUUCAUGGAAGACUGUACUCGACAUUUCCUGAAGACAGGCGGGCCUUCGAAAGCAUAAUAUUCCUCGAAGCACUUGGCGAACGACUCGCCAGAAAGAAAAUAGCCAACGAGCGCGAUCUUGAAUCUACCCAGCACAACAUUGUCGAGACCCCCGUCGCCAACAUUGUCGAAGUCCUCAAAAACCACAAUGCAACGAAUCGGACAUUCGCCCUGGGUCAAGGGAUUUUCUUCGACAAUCACCCGAAUGCGCUAAGCGAUGCCGCUGAGGAGCCAAUGCAACGACGUGCAGUGCACGACUCGAACCAGCUUCGCGCCGACCAGGUGUGCGUUUACAGGCACGAUGACGUGGAUCGGGCCCUGCGAAGUCUGCUUUUGGUGGUUGAGUACAAGCCGCCACACAAGCUGACGUUGCCGCACCUUCGUCUCAGUCUGCGAAAGAUGGAUAUACAGCACGAGGUCGUGAAUAGGACAACAAUACCAACGGACAAGGACGAGCUUUUCUCAUACCAUGCCGAUAAGGUUGUCGCCGCCGCUAUCUGCCAGACAUACCACUACAUGAUCACAGGCGGACUGACGUACAGCUAUGUGACCACUGGCGAGGCAAUCGUCUUCCUCAAAAUCGACUGGAGGACUCCUGAACAUCUGCUAUUCCACCUCGCGGAGCCACGAGCGGAGGUGCUGGCGCAUCCACACAAUGCUGUGCACUGUACGGCCGUUAGUCAGGUCCUUGCGUUCACCCUGCUGGCAAUUGAAGAACAACAUUCCAAUCCUGGGCAGGAUGACCGUGUUCGAGCCAUGGGACAACUUGGACGGUGGUGCGUGGAUCACGAUGCCAUUCUGAAGGCCGUUCCAGAGAGUGUACGGAAGCAGACGCCACCGCCAUCAGCGUAUGCUGCUCGGGACUAUGGCCGCAUCGAUCGAUCGCCAUAUUUCUUUCGCAACCGUCUUGCAGUGUCAACAUGUCGACCAGCAUCAGGCGGAGUCAUCGACGACGAGCUUUCAGAUCUAUCAGACGAUGGAAGCGGUGGCUUCGUGCAAAACAGUCCCAGCCUCAGAGAUACACGCCGUCAUCCACAAACCGGGCAAAGACGAGCCGGUGGCAGCAACAAUACUCCUGCCGGUUCUGCCACAUCGCAACGACAAUACUGUACGCAAAAAUGUCUGCUUGGACUCGUCAGGGGCGGAUUGCUUCACAAGGCAUGUCCGAAUGCAGACUUGCACCAGCAAGGCAGUUCGCAAACCCAUCCUGUCGGUUUAGAAACUUGGCUGCAGCUACUACGCGAUCAGCUGGCUGGAUCUCACGACAAGAACAUCGUACCGCUUGGCAAGCAGGGAGCGCGUGGGGUUGCAUUCCAAGUCACACUUGCUGAGUAUGGCUACACAGUCGUGGCGAAAUGCACAGUCCCUGAAUUUGUCGUCGACCUCGAACACGAGGGUUCGAUGUACAAGACACUCGAGCCUCUGCAAGGCAUCCAGGUUCCUGUUUUCCUGGGCGCCUUCCACCUCGAGCGGCCAUACUACUACGAUCAUAGAGUGCAACUUGUCUACAUGAUGCUCCUAUCAUGGGCAGGCGAACCCAUCGAUACGCACCAGCAGUGUUCUCCCGAAUUGACUCAUGCACGUCGCUCGGCAGUCUCCGCGGUAGCACAGUUAGGUGUGGUGCAUGGCGACGAACGGGACAACAACACACUGUGGUGCUCCGAGACCAAUGAUGUGAUGCUCAUCGACUUUGAGCGUUCAACGCUCGCACCAGUCUCGCCUGUAAUGCCGUCUCAGCGAGUCAGGUCCAAUCGUCGGCCGCGCAUUCGAGAACCUCUGCUGGCAAUUGCGACUAAUCGGCGAUUCGUUCAUCACGAGACUGGACUGCAGAAAACUAGACAUACAAGAAGUACUCGCUUCUACAUAGCUACCAAAGCGCAAUGAUGUCGUUGGUUGGUGUUGCUCGUUGUCCGUGACGGACGGGAUGUCACCGGACACUUUGAUCGGGUCCGCUUUUUGUUUGCCUACACAGCAGGUUGCUGGCAUUUCACGUGAUAAUGAUAGCGUUACGAAUGACGAUAGUUUCAAUGGGUUGGAGACGCAGCGACCUUUGCGUACCAGUGAAGCUGUGUCGUUGUGCCUUCGCCAAACUGUGCCACACCUGCCACA